AUAGUACAUAUCUAUUUCAUGUGUUGUGGACGGUGCCUUUGCAAGUCAUCCUUCCUGAACACGAUAAGCGACUUCGCGUAAGGUGGAACGCGAAAUCACCACGGGUCCUGUGACUUCAUAUUACCUCUUUUGGCCCUUUCCGGACCCCCUUGAAACCCUUAUCUUCAACACCAUCUCUUUUGAGAGCUUUCCCGCAAAAUGGCCAACAGAAGACAAACUAGAAAUCAAAUAAGAGGCCCACACUCUGCCCUUACUGACUUCUUGGCUUCUAACAAUAUAUCCGCUGCUCAAAUUCGUGAAGAUUACCGAAGGCGUUUAGAUGAAACUGAACAUCAAGCUGCCAGCGAAGAGCCGUCAGGCCCCGCAGAGAGCGACGAAGCUGAAGAGAGUGUCGAUGAAUUCUCGGAGCAGAAAAAGAAGCGUAGGCGAAAGGAAGCCGCUAGUUUAGCAAAAAUCAAACAGAGCAAAGAAUUCGCACGUCACAAAGCUCGGCGAAUAGGGGAACCAGAUGAUGACGAUAAUCUCAUCGCAAGAGAGAUCAUGUACCAAAGAUCUCGACCCAUGCCAGGUCAAUUGGAGAAUUGUGAAAUCUGCAGUAAACGCUUCACGGUAACUUCAUAUAGCAAAACAGGCCCCAAUGGGGGGCUCCUUUGUGCGAAGUGCUCCAGGAGUCUAGAAGAUGAUGGAAAGAAACCUAAGGCUAAGAGAGGUGGACCAAGAACUGGACGCCGUCAGAAUCAGAGCAAUUUACUUGAUGGUAUAGCCCAACAAGGUGCUUUGAGCUUGGCCGAAAUGUGUACAAAGAAAAUUGCUGAUAAUAUCAAUGAUAUCGAAGAAUUUGGUGAUCUGCCUUCUCCACUACUUCAUCGCCUAAGCCAGAUUCUAUCCAAGAGACGUGCCUUGACAUCGAGGACCCUCAAUCUGUUUCUGCGACCUGAUUUGGACUCAAUUAACAUUUACGAUUCUGCAAAACUCGAGACGGACGAUUUCCAGAAGAUAUUUGCCUUCAUGCCUACGCUUACGAAUGUCAACCUUCGCUUUGCUGGUCAAAUGAAAAAUACAGUUGUCGAAUAUUUACUGGGGCGUGAUCUGAGGUUGAAAUAUCUGCAGUUGGAUGCUGCUAACCUAGUUUCAGACUCAUAUUGGCGACGCCUGUUCGAAAAACUGGGUCCCCAGUUAGAGGCCCUAAAGCUGUCCAACCUUGAUUUUUCCCUUGACGAUGAGACCGUUGAAGUAAUGUGUAGAAACUGCACAGAACUUCGUCGUCUGAAAUUGAAGCAAUGCUGGAAGGUUGGCCAUAUCUCCUUGCAAGCUCUCUCAUCCUUGACAUCAUUAGAGCAUUUGUCUCUAGAUCUCGUUCGAGAGACACCAAACGACAGCCUUAUAGAAGUAGUCUCUACGGUCGGCUCAAGGUUACGUACACUAUCUCUAGAAGGCUUUCCCAAUGUGGACAAUUGCCUCCUGGGGACCAUCCAUGAUAAAUGCCGAUCCCUUGCAAAACUUCGUUUGUCAGGCAAUGUUGUGUGCACCGACGAAGGUUUCGCGAAACUGUUCACUGAGUGGCCAAACCCUCCUCUGGAACAUAUUGAUUUCUCCUCUACACGAGACGUGGAUAACUCAAAUCCGGACGGCCCUAGGGAUGCAAUUGGCCUUGCCUCUGACGGCCUCGUUGCCCUCAUGAAUCACUCAGGCUCAGCGAUACGGAAACUGAAUAUAUCGUCCUGCCGCCACGUAUCGCGUGCUGCCUUCGAGAAAAUAUUCUCAGAUAGCAAAGUUUAUCCCAACUUGAAGGAAUUGGAUGUCUCCUUCCAUACCGUCAUGGACGAUUACCUCAUAGGCCGAAUAUUACAAUGCUGCCCAGUAAUCAAGAAGCUGGUCGCUUUCGCAUGCUUUAAUGUGAGAGAUGUCCGGAUCCCUGUCGGCGUUGCGUUGAUUGGAGGACUUAAAGCACAAGACACGAUUGUUGUCGAAGGCAAGUCCUAACUUAUGAGUGAGGCUUGGCAUGGAAAUCAUAUCUUUAAAGGGUCGCAAAGUUGUGGUGGAACGACCAGGAGAUAAUUUCUGUCCUAUUUGAUUACAAUACAUGCUUAUCCGGCCGGGUGUUGGUGAGCCCGUUCGCAAGAACUAGGAACAGGUUUAGCCUUACUCGUUCUGCUUUCUUUGGUUGAUUUCGUUCCCAGUGUCUAUAUUAUUUAACUUUUCGUAUGCUUGCUUCAUGCCUACAAUGGGACUAGUUGACAAUGAUUCUUUCAUAGUACGAAUUCAAUGCCAGAGUAGGUUGUAGGCUUUCAAACAUUUUGCUCUGUACUGUUUAGAUGUGCCCCACACAAACACAGUACAUUCCUGGAGUGCCACGGCCCAAAACAAUAUUUGAAGAGAGCAACAUAGUUGCUACGUGCACGAUAUGAUAUAGCAUAAUACCUAGCGGUCAGUAGGUGUUGCUAUGGCAGAGCUAUCUGCCACGAAUGACAGCGACCCGCGUUGUCCUAACUUUAAUACAUAUUUGCUAGCCUGCAUCCAUAGCAUGGCGUAAGGGACUCGUCAAAUGGCGGGGUCUACUACUGUAUCUGCCGUUAAAUAGCUCUUUGAGAUAGAUCAUGCUAUGGGUACUAUUAGGUAGGUAGUCAUCUUGUCUUAAAGUAGCAUAGCAAGUGGAGCCUUGGGCUGCAACAAUGAUAGGUGAUUCUGGUCAGCCACUUUAAAACACCAGGGAAAGGAA